UUUCGGAAAAUAUAUAUUCAUGAUCAAAAUAAAAAAAAAAUCAAGAUUAUCAACAAAACUCAUUGAAACUUAAUGGACUAAAAACAGUAGAUAACUGGUUGAUUUGAUUUAGAUUCAAAUAUAAUUCAUUUAUCAAUCUCAUAUCAUGUCUGGCCGUAAAGUUUCUUCAACAUUACGAAUCGGUUCUCGAGUCGAAUACACAGUUGUAACCGGUAAUGAACGUCGUAAAGUUCCUGGUACUAUUGCUUACGGUCCUAGUUCGUUUCAUCUUAAACCAAACGAAAAUGAUUGGUGUGGUGUUAUAUUAGAUGAACCAUGUGGUAAAAAUAAUGGUACAGUACAAGGCCGACAAUAUUUUGAUUGUCCGGAAAAUUGUGGCGUUUUUGUACGUGUUUCAACAUUACGUCCUAUUCUUGAUCAUGGUAGUCGUAUACCGAUGCCACGUACAUCACGAUCAUCUACACCAUCAUCCACACCGAAAUCGAUGACACCAUCAUCAUCUAUUCAAUCAUUUACCGGUAUUAUUGAUUCAACUGGUGAUACAGGUUCGGUGAUUGUCGAAAAAAAUUCCAAACUAACCGAAUCGAUUAAUCUGCCAACGGGCAAUCAAACAUCUAAAAUACGUCCACCAACAAAUAUAAUGUCAUCUUCAAGUCAUGAAUUGAGUUCAAAAUCUCAACAACAACAACAGCAAUCUAAUAUACAAAAAAUGGUGGAAAAAAUCGAAACCAAACGUGAUGAAAUGAUUCGUGAAGAUGAUGCUGCACAACAUUGGUCACAAUCAUCAAUACCAACAACUAAAACCACUAAAGAAUUGCAGGAAGCAAAUGAAAAAAUCAAAGAUCUUGAAUCCAAAUUGAAUACAUUAAUGUUGAAACGUGCCGAAGAUCGACAAAAAUUCAAAGAUUAUGAACGAUUAAAAAUACAGAAUGAACAAUUAUUGGAAAAUAAAAAACAAAUGGCUGAAAAGAUUGCCGAAUUAUCUAAAUCAAAAACGGCGGCCGAAAAUGAAGCAAAAGAAGCUCGAGAAGAACAAGUACGACAAUCUGAAGAAAUUAAAGAUCUUGUUGAUAAUGCUGAAAUGGCCGUCAUUGAUAAAGAAAUGGCUGAAAAUCGUGCCGAACAAUUACAAUUAGAAUUGGAACAAUGUCGUGAACAAUUGGAAGAAGCUAAAUUAGAUUUUGAAAUACUUAAAACUGAAAUUGAAGAUAAAGGUGUUGAUGGUGCUGCAAAUAGUUUUCAAUUAAAAAAAUUAGAAGAUCAAAAUAAUCGUUAUAAAGAUGCAUUACUUAAACUACGUGAUAUAUCUGCUGCCGAUCGAACCAAUAUACAAAUGAUGCAAAAAGAUAUUGAACGUAAAAAUGAUGAAAUCAAUAGUUUAAUGCAAACAAAUGAAAAAAUGAAAUCAGAAUUGGAAAAAUGUUAUGAACAAAUUGAAGUACUUAAAGAACAAGUUGAUAUGGCUUUAGGAUCACAAAAAAUGGUUGAAAAAUUAACCGAAAAAAAUCUAAUGAUGGAAGAUAAAAUGGAAGAAUUACAAAAAGCAUUAGAUGAAGAGGAAAAGAUUAAAGAAUUAUCCAAUAUGAUUAUUGAAGAAAAAGAUGAUAUUAUAGCCGAUUUACGUGAUGAAGUGAAUAAAUUCAAAACAAAUUUAGUUAAUAUUCGUAAUAAUUUUUUAAUGGCACAAGAAACUGUACAAGAUCAUGAAAAUACUAUAAAAAAAUUUCGUGAAUUAGUUGCCAUAUUAAAAGAUGAAAAUAAUAUGCUUCGUGCUGCACAAGAACAAGAUCAUUCAAAAGUUCAACAAGCUGUUGAUGUACAAAAACAAUUGGAAAAUAUUGAAUUCAAAACUCGUCUUUUGGAUCGUAAAGAUGUAUCAAGAGCAAUCGAUAUGGAACUACGUCAAUUAGAUAUUGAUCAAUGUUAUCGUCAUAUGGUUUAUUUGGCACGUUUUUUUCCCGAAUCAUUUUUUAUACGUGGUGGUGAUCAUGAUGCUAUUGCUGUAUUAUUGUUCAUUCCAAGAAUGUUUACAAAAUGUUUGAUUAUUGAAAGACAAAUUUUGGAAAAAUAUUCAACAACAAAUACAAUUGCUCAAAACAAUAUGUCGAUUACACCGGAAUCGAUUGUUCGUGAAUUUUUUGAUGGUGAUAAUAAUCGUAUACAAGUAGAAUCUAGUGAUAAAUUAAAGCAACAGAUUUUUGCUAAACAUUUGGUGUAUUUAUUAACAUCGAUACGAUCAACAUUGGAUAAAUAUCAGGAUAUUUUGGCAAAAUGUGAUACAGAAUUGUUUAUGAAACUUGGAUCAUUAUAUCCAGAAUUAGCAGGACAUGAAAAAAAUGUUGAUAAUUUUGUUAAUCUAUUACGUGAAGAUAAAUUGGAUGAAACUGUAUCAUUAGAUUCAUUGGAAAAGAUAUUAAAUUAUUUACAUUCAUUAUAUAAUAUUUAUAUUGCUUCAACAAAUCUAGAAUCAGUUGAUAAUCAUAAUAAAUUCUUAAAUGAUUUAAUCGAUGUACUUCGUACCGGUACAGAAGCUUCAAUAUUAGAUUUAAAAAUAAUUUCACGUAUGACUGAUUCGGAUACAUCAAUGUUUUUAUCAACAAUGGAAACAUCAUUAAAUGAUAUUGAACAAUUUGGAAGGAAAAUUCGACGAAGAAUGGUUUCGGCUGGAUCCAGUUCAACCGAUAUGAAUCCAGCUUGUUUGAUAAAAUUUCCACCAACUAUUGAAGCUGAAUUACUGGAUUCAUUUCAUAAUUUUUCACUAAUUGUUCGUAAUCUUAAAACAAUGCGUUCAGUUUUGAUGAAUGAAUUUCUUAGCCAAUUUAUUCGUACUGUUGAUGAUUGUUCAUCAUCAACCGAUUCGGAAAUCAAUUCAAUAAAACGUUUCAAUAUGAAUGAUUUGGAACAAACAUGUAAAGAAUGGAAUGGUAAUAGUAUUAAAUCAUUGAAUGAAAUGCUUACCAAUGUGAUCAGUAUAAUUUGUAAAUUCUGUACGGUCAUUCAACAAGGUGAUUAUGAUGUUUCAAAAACUGAUACAACAACAAUACAAUCACAAAAUUCACAAUUUGAUUCAUUACAAUCAAAUCAAUCAAGUUUACAACAACAUUUUAGUUUACCAUUAUCAUUUCAAAAUCUAUUCAGUAGUACACGUAGUGGUAAUAAUAAUUUGGGAUCAUGUUCAUUACAAUGUAUACCAUUAGAUCAACGUGCAUUUAUUUGGCGACAACAAUCCGAACAAUUACAAGAUUUUCGUCAAAAAAUUCAAACACAAGAAUCCGAUAUAGCCGAAUUGAAACGUGCAUUAAAAUCAAAAAUUGAUGAAGUUAGUGAAAUGCAAAUAAGACGUGAUCUAUCCGAAAAGAAACAUAAAGAAGCAUUAAAAGAAAUACAAAAACUUCAAGAUGAAUUAGAACGAAUGACAAAAGAAUUUAAAGAAAAAGAAGCUGAACGUGAACGUACAUUAAAUAAAUAUAAUCAGGAAAUCAAUGAUCUUUAUUCAGAUCAUCGAAUGAUGAAAGAAAAAUUGAAAGAUUAUUCAAAAAAUGCUUUAUUUGGUAAAGUUUCUUUACUUGCAUCCAGUUCAUCUAAUUCACCAUUAGCAGCAGCCGUAAAUCAAUCAUCAACAAGUCCAAUGAGUUUGGGAAAUUUUUCCUCAUUACAUCAUUCGCCUAAUAUUAGUUUAAGUCCGACACCUAGUUUAAAUCAAUCAUUAUUAUCGAGUCAAUGUGGUCAGGAAGUCGCAAAUGUUUUAGCAACACAAUCAUCAAUGGUUAGCAAUGAUGUUUUACAACUACAACAUCAUAUACAGAAUCUUCGUUUAGCAAUGAAACAAAUUGUAGCUAAAAAUAUUGAACUUCGUACAAUGUUAACAUCACAUGAGGAAACGAUUCAAUUGAAUAAUGAUGGUGAAUUGAUUAAAGUUCGUCCAAAAUGGUAUCUAGAUUCAUUACGACGACAACAACAACAAAAUCGAUUAUACGAUGAUGUUAAGAUUGAAGCAAAAUUCCAAGAAUUCCAUAAUAAACUUUUACAAUUGAAUAAUGAUUGGAAUAACUAUCGUUGUAAGAAAUCGGUGCAAAUAUUUGAUUUAGAUCAAUUACCCGUGAAUCGUAAUAAACCCGGUUGGACAAAAUGUUUUGGUGAUAUAAUUGAUAAACAUCAACAACAACAACGAUUAGAUGAAUUGAAUUUUUCGUUACGAUUUCAACAGCUACAAAUUGAAUUUGAACAAUUUAUUAAAACAUUGGAUAAUGGAUUUGUAUGUGAUUCUUCAUUUACAACAUUCAUUGCACCACAUAUUUCAAAGAUUGUAAAUGCUAAACCAAAACUAUUAGCACGAAUCAUAAUUGAUGGCAAUAAUAAUAAGAGAUUAUCGGUGCAGAAAUCAAAAUACAUUGAUGGUGGUGGUGAUGAUUUGAGUACAAAUUUAAUGAAAAAUAUUAUACCAUUAGAAAUUACUAAUAAUGAAUUGAAUCUUCUAAAAAUUGUUUAUUAUUAUUAUUCAUUAUUCAUUAAUGGAAAAAGUGAUAAUUAA